CUCUGCUCCCCCCCUCUCCCUUCGCACGCGGCAUUAGCCUUUUUCCUCAAAUCUCCACCUCACCAAAACUCUCCGAAUGGGAAUAAAAUAUGGCAUGAGAGAGGCGGCCGAAGACCACGGUUCACCGUCUUCUACCGAGCACGAGCCCCGGCUGAACAUGGAUUUAAGAAUACGCAGCGGCGCGUGUGGUGAGCAGAGACAAGGGAGCACAAAGCGGAUGGAAGAAAACGCUCGUGUCCUCGCUUAGCGUUUCUGCAACACGACUCAUCAUCAGCCUGUAUUAUAUUUACACACGAGCAUAAGGGACGCAAGGUGAAAGCUGGUGGGCUGAUUCAAGCCUCCUAGACUGUUCGUACAGGAAAAACAAGCGGACUGUUGGUUCUAUUCAUCAGCCUCGUCGGUUUCAUCAUCCCGGUUAAAUCAAAGACGAGAGAAUGAGUGAACAGAGUAUCUGCCAGGCGCGGGCCUCAGUGAUGGUCUACGACGAUGCCAGUAAGAAGUGGGUGCCCAUCAAGCCGGGGCAGCAGGGCUUCAGCCGCAUCAACAUCUACCACAAUACUGCCAACAACACCUUCAGAGUGGUGGGCGUCAAACUGCAGGACCAGCAGGUUGUGAUCAACUACUCCAUAGUGAAGGGCCUGAAAUACAAUCAGGCGACCCCGACCUUCCAUCAGUGGCGUGAUGCCCGCCAGGUUUAUGGCCUGAACUUUGCCAGUAAGGAGGAGGCCACCACCUUCUCCAACGCCAUGCUGUUUGCCCUCAACAUCCUCAGCUCACCUGACAAUGGAGGUCCAAUCGUCCAGCGCCAAAAUGGGCCUACCUCAGAGGAAAGCGAGGCACAAAGGAGAAUGAUGGAGCAACAUCAGAUGCAAGCGCACAAGGAGAGGGAGCGACGGACGUCAGGAUCAGUUGUUUCCACUCUCCAAUAUAAAGUGUCCACCCCUCCCACCCACCCAGACACUCCUCCUGAGUACAGACAGUACAGAGCUAGCACACUGCCACCCUCCUACGCCCGCGUGGCCUCCUCCUCUCCUCCCUCUUCCUCCUCCUCCUCUCCUUGUCAGGAGAAAGAGGUGGGGGCUGCUAGGGACAGGGCCCAGCUCUCGUCCCAGCUCUCCACCUCACUCGCCUCAGCCUUUUCCCCAGUCCAGGCAGGAGUGACCACCCAGGGCCGGCAGGUCCGUCAGAUCCCACUGUCUCCUCCCACAGCAGCUCGCCACCUACACCUUCAACAACAACAGCAGCAACAAGACAUCAUGCUCCCCCCCAAACACGGCACCUGGUCCGCCUCCCAUUUGCAGCACAUGUAUGCCCAGUUGCCCCCUUCCGCCUCCCCUCCUGUUAUGAUGGCUAUGCCUGUGAAGCAGGGUCAGCCCCCCCUGCCGUUGGCUCACCCUCUACCGCCCGUAAGCACUAGGAUGAAGCCCCCACCUCUUGACCCAAACACCGUGUCUGGCCAUCACCAGUACCCCCAGCACCAGCCCCACCCUCACUCCAAUGGCCAGCCAGAUGGCUCCUACUCUCCUCAUUCUCAGCAUCUGCCACUCACUCCACAGUUCUGCGAGGCCGUGCCUUUGCCUCCUCUGAUAGGUCAGACAGCCACAGGCUCAGCCCCCAGCCACCAGCCCCAGUACCCAUCCACCUUCCACCCUCAGCAGCAACUGCAUCCGCAACAACAACAACAACAGCAGCAGGUGUACCACCAGCAGGCCCAGCCCCCCACCUCCUCCUCCUCACCCCCCUCUUACACUGCCAUGUCUGAUGGGGGCUCACCCAAGAAGACCCCUUCCCCUGUCCCCCACCAGUCCCCCAUGGUCAGCAGCAGCCCCCCUGUCUCUGCAGGUCACCCAUCUAUGCUUUCUGUGGCACCUCCUCCAUCUGCAGUUCCACCACCCAUGGCUGGUCCUCCAGCCCCACCACCGCCACCAGGUCCACCACCCCCAAUGGCGGUGCCCCCACCCAUGCCCCCUCCACUGCCCACUGGUGGAGGGCCGCCCGGGGGCCCGCCUGGGGCCCAGCACCAACCCUCAGGACUGGCUGCAGCACUGGCUGGAGCCAAAUUACGUAAAGUCCAAAGGGAUGAGAGCAGUCCGCCUGGGUCUGGUGGCAAAAGUGACUCCAAUCGUUCUAGUGGUGGCAGUGGAGGUGGUGGGGAGGGACUGAUGCAGGAAAUGAAUGCCUUACUAGCUCGCAGACGGAAAGCUUCAGAGAAACCUGAUGAAGAUGACUCCAGUGGCAGAGGGCCAGGUCAACAGAACUCAACAGAUGCUCUAAAGAAGCCAUGGGAACGAUCCAACUCUACAGAAAAGUCCUCACUGGUGUCCAGAGUGAGACCCAUCGGCAGCACUAGUGAAUCAGACACAGAAUUGGACAGGAUGAAACAGGAAAUUUUGGAUGAAGUUGUACGCGAGUUGCAUAAAGUGAAAGAUGAAAUCAUAAAUGCCAUCAGACAAGAAAUCGGCAGAAUCGGUACAUCCUAAUCUUAUCCGAGCAACAGUAGGAGGAAAGCAAGAGGAGGAGCUGGAGGAGGAUGGACAUGCAGAUGCACAGACGCGAGGACCAGAGGAAUGUUCUCUCAAUGUUUCUGUGACCUAGCAACACCAUGAUGCAAGUUGCAGAGAUGUUGUGCCAACAUUUGAGUCUGCUGGACAGCGAAAAUUAAAGAUACCGAGUAAGGUUAAUGAGACACAAGAGCAGCAGAAACAGAGGGAGGAUAAAGAAAGAUUAAAGGACUGACAAACUGAAACAGAGGAUGACAGAUAAAUUGAGGGAAGGACGGACAUUUGUGCUGAGUUUGGUGUUGUGGUCCUCUCUGUGCACCUAUAGACUCAGUCAGCCCAGUGUUGCAACUCUUUGUUCUCUGUUCAGUGCAAUUCUUAAGAAGAAAAUAUUUUUGUUUUCUAAGUUUUUACUGUUUUAUUAUUUAAAAACUGUGGUGAUAAUGAUGCUAUUGAUGAGUAUUUUAUUGAUAUAGAAGGACAAAGGAAUCUUGCACACCAUUUAUGUCAGCCUUUUAUAUUUUCUAUCAUUCUUUUUAGUUUAUCCCUAACUUUUUCUUAUUAACGAGCACAAUAUGGGCAUAACGGUGCUGCAGACUCACCUGCCCUCAACUGGCAUUUUUAAACAAUCAGAAAAAACAGGCUUUUUAUUACCUUGUUCAUACUGGUGUUGGGUGUGUCUAAUCUUUUCUCUCCAGACACGUUGCAAAACAUGUUAAUGUUUGAACCACAAUUAGCCACUUCACUUACCUCUUUCCUUCAUAUCCAAGGUCUUAAAAUAUUGCAAAUAAGAAAUUAAUUAUUUGGCAAUUAAUCAAAUAACACACAAUAACAGUCUGCACUACAACGCCAGUGUGACCGUGGUACAUGUUUUUCUCUACCUGUUCAGAUGUGCUAGAUAAUUGAAACUUGGGGAUCAUUCACAUAACAGGCAGAUAACUUGAAAUGUGCCUCCUGGUUUUACCUAGAUAUAAAACAAUGUAGUACUACCUUUUAGACAUCCUAUGGUUUGUGAUCCUCCCAAGUAUGCAUGAAACCCCCAUCUCUAUGGAUUCAUUUUUUAUUUAAUUUGGGGAAGAAGAAAAAAUACAAACGGUGGUACAUUUAUUAUAGUGGUUUGUUUCCUUGAAGAUUCCCCUUUUUAUAUAUGAAAUGUUGAAUUUGAUAAUGGUAGCAAUGUGAAAAUAAUACGGGGGGUUGCUCUGAUAAUAUGCAAAUCUAACCUAGAUAAGAAUGUGCAGAAAGUGAAUGGUAGGCCUACGUGAUGGUAGCUAAAUGUGUCUUUGAAGGAAGGAUUCGGUUGAAUAUCGGUUGUUGCAUCCUAUCCACUCUGUCUGCUCUCAACUACGUAAUGAUUUAAAAGCUGGAAGUAAAUUCAUUCAAACAAAAGCAA